AUGUUGAAAAUUACCGCCAUAGUUUCUCUAAUGCUUAUCGGCAGCACCCUCUGGGCGGCCAGCCUGUCGUGCGACUCGUGCGGAAGCGAGUGUGCCGCGGCGUGCGGAACCCGUCACUUCCGCUCCUGCUGCUUCAACUACUUGCGCAGGAAACGAGGCCCUGACUCCAUGAAGUUGUCACAAAAUCUCCACGAGUUCAAACCCGAAGGCCCGCCAAAGUCUAAAGUUCCGGUUUUCGGCGGUGAAGAUAUUUCCGACUUUUGGGGCAACGUGAUGCCAAGCGAUUAUAGGUAUUAUCCCUUUGAAGAUACGCUCGAAAACCGGCUGCAAGCAAUGUAUGACGCGUAAAUAAUGUAUUAUGAAAGGCUGCAAUAUUAUAUAUAAUCUGUAUAUAGACUUACGUAUAAGUUUAAAAAGGAAUGUAAAACAUAAAACUAAAAGAAAAAUGUGGAUAGGUUUAAGAGUUCAGGGUUCGU